UGCGGACCGAGACUCCGAUGCUCAUGGCUUCCGCCGGCCCGCAGCGGGUUCGGGAGGGCGGCGGUGCGGGGGGCGCUUUCCAGCCCUACCUGGACUCCUUGCGCCAGGAGCUGCAGGGGACAGACCCGACGCUGCUGUCCGUAGGGCUGGCGCUUGUCGUGGUCCUGCUGACGCUGGUGUUAUGGAAGCUGAUCCGGAGCCGAAGGAGCAGUCAGAGAGCCGUGCUCCUCGUUGGCCUCUGUGACUCGGGGAAAACGUUGCUCUUUGUCAGGUUGUUAACCGGCCUUUACAGAGAUACUCAGACAUCCAUCACUUACAGCUCUGCUGUCUACAGAGUCAACAAUAACAGGGGUAACAGCCUGACCUUGAUUGACCUCCCUGGCAACGAGAGAUUGCGACUGCAGUUUUUAGAGCGAUUUAAGGCUUCAGCCAGGGCUGUUGUGUUUGUGGUGGACAGUGCGGCAUUCCAGCGAGAGGUGAAAGACGUGGCUGAGUUCCUGUACCAAGUGCUCGUUGACAGUGUGGGCCUGAAGAACGCACCCUCCUUCCUGAUAGCCUGCAAUAAGCAAGAUAUUGCAAUGGCCAAAUCAGCCAAGUUGAUCCAGCAGCAGCUUGAGAAAGAACUCAACACCUUACGCGUCACCCGGUCUGCUGCCCCCAGCACACUGGACACGUCCAACAGCGUCCCUGCCCAGCUGGGGAAGAGAGGCAAGGAGUUCGAAUUCUCACAGCUGCCCCUCAAGGUCGAGUUCCUGGAGUGCAGCGCCAAGGGUGGAAAGGGGGACAGUGACCCUGCAGACGUCCAGGACUUGGAGAAGUGGCUGGCUAAAAUCUCCUGAGCUGAAGAUGUGGAUUUGCGGGUGACUGACAGUUUGGGCAAGGAUCUAUCUUAGACAGGGAUACUGUGGUGAGAAGCAGGUCCUUGUCCCAGAAAAAGUAGCAUGGGAUUUUUUAAAAAAAUCCCUUCUCCUUUAUAGCUCCCUCGUUUUGAUUUGACUCAGGAAUCUUCCCUCUGUUAAGAUCUAUGCCACAUCUCUUUAGCUUGUGCUGGAUGGAGGCUCAGGUCCCCGUGACACCGCAAGCAGCCUGCACAUAGUGGGCAUCACCGAACAGCUCUCACCCGAAAGGUUGUCUGAUUGUCUGUGUGUGCCUGGCAUGUUUGGUUUCCAAGUGCCCCUGACUUGUCACGGGCAGUACAUUGCCUGGUGCUCUGUGCAGUCCCCUGUUUGUCGGUACAACUGCAGUGUCGGUCCCCCCACAUUUAGUGGCUGCUGGAGAACAGUAAUGCAGAGGGGGAUAUGAGUGCCAGGUAGCGGGCACUGUUCUUCAGCUCAGCAGGCUUCCAAGGACACCCAGGCUUUCCAACCAUGCCUUAUGUCUCCAAAACAUGCGUUCAUGAACCCUUGGAAGCAUUCCCGGCAGUAAAAGGUAAACACCAAUCCCCAGAUGCCAAGAAUCUAGUUUUCUGGUGGUUUCCAUCCCUGGGAAUGUCAUGGAAAUUGAAAGACAGUUAGGUUCCAGUGGAUGGCUGAGGUGCUCUUGGGCUAGCUUCAUGCAUUGCUUGAUCAGCUCCGAUUUUACACCUCUCGCUAAAAUGCUAGGAACAAAUUGGAAAUGAGAAAAAUGCUCUGCUAGUUUUUGAAGUGUGUUUAUAUUCUUUGAUGGGGAAGAAGCUGUCUGCCUUUUGAAAGCACUGCCAUUUGCUGCCUCCUUAAGUAUCCGGCCUUUAUAAACAAUGUAUUCAUUUCUUGGUGAAUAAAACCUGUGUGGCUUCAA